UUACUCUGAAUCAGUCAGUGUAUUUCCGAGCCUGAAACAUGCCCGGCUCCACGUGCAUCUCCCGCAUAAUAUUUACCGUCGGACUCGGUCUUUUGCCACAUGUUUUAUCGUUGACUUCUAAUCACAACGAGUCGUGCGUUGUGCUGUACGAAAGGGGCGUCGAGGCCUAUUUGGGCAACGAUUACGACGAAUGUGUCGCCGAUUUCGAGGGGGCCCUGCAAAAAUACCGGUUGUACAAGAAAUUAACGAACAACUGCCGUUUAAAAUGCAAACAGGAGGCCGAAAUGUCCGAGCCCAUGUUUUCGGUGAACAUAGAGAAUUUGUUGUUUUACGAGAAGACGGUUAAAACUACGCUGUGCAUUAUGCUAUGCAAAAACGAUCAUAGGGAUGUGUUCGAGAAUACGCAUCUCAAUUUUGACACGGAGCUGCUUUUCGAGGACCUCAAAGUGUAUGAUUAUCUGCAUAUUUGUUAUUUUCAGACGAAGCAAUAUCAGAAAGCCGCAAGCGCAGCGUUCACUUAUUUGAUCGCCCAUCCGGACGAUAAAACCAUGACGAGAAAUUUGAAAUACUAUUCCGAACUGGAGGGCGUCAACCCUGAGGAUAUCGUCAACUAUGAAGCCAAAGACUACGUAUAUUUGUACGUGCACGGAGCUGCAGCCUACGAAAAGAAGGAGUGGAAAGAUGUGGAGCACAACAUGGAGGAGUCCCUGGUGUCGUACUUCCAGGCGGAGGAUGAGUGCAGGGCGUACUGCGAAGGACCGUUUGACCAAGGGUGGUACCCAGACUUCAUUCCAUCCAUUGCGAAUCACUUCACAAUGGUUCUGAAAUGUAAACUGGGAUGUGUCGAGAAGUUGGGCAAUUUGAACGGGGAGAAGCACGAAGAUCUCCUGGCUAGUCACUACCACUACCUCCAAUAUGCAUAUUUUAAGAUGGGUAAUUUGAAGGAGGCCUGCCAAGCUGUUGCCAGUUAUCUUCUGUUUUAUCCCGAUGAUGAAGUCAUGUUGGACAACAUGAAGUACUACAGGUCCUUGCCCAAAGUAACCAACGACUACUUCACCCCCAGGGAGGAGGCCAUCAGAUACGUCCAACGACAAAUAUACGAGAGAAAAAUAAUGAAAUUUGUAUUAAAUGAGUAUAAAUUUGACAUCCCAGUGGACGAAGACAAAGCAACGAAACAGAGAAUUCGCUUAUUAAUGACAGAAAAACAACUGCAAGGUCCGAACAGAUUUUUAUCGGAUGGCUUGGCAUCGGCCAAGGAAUGCAAAUCGCUGAUCGAAAUCGCUAAAACGUUCGCAAUUUUGGGCGACGGAUACCAAGGAAAGAAAUCGCCGCACACUUUGAUGGAGAAAUUCGAGGGCGUCACGUUGGGUAGGGUCGUCCUACUGGUUUACAUCGGACUGCUCAAUCGCAAGUACUUGGAAAUGUAUCUGAAUUUGACGGAGAACGUGCGCCACGAGGUCCAGAGCUAUUUCAAACUGAACCAGACCCUUCAUUUUUCGUACACCCAUCUGGUGUGCAGGUCUGCGUUGCCAGACUCGCCAAAGAAUAGGACCGACUUAAGUCAUGCCGUGCAUGCAGAUAACUGUAACAUAUUACCGGAUGGUGAGUGCGAUAAAUCACCACCCGCCUUCACGUGGAGGGAUUACAGCGCCAUUUUGUACUUAAACAAUGAUUUUGAUGGAGGAGAAUUCAUAUUUUCGGAAGACCCGAAGGGUAAAACCAUACAAAGUACGGUGACUCCAUCUUGUGGCAAACUGUUGGGCUUUUCGUCCGGAGGUGAAAACCUUCAUGGUGUGAGGGCUGUUAAAAGGGGUUCUAGAUGUGCAAUAGGAAUGUGGUUUACGUUUGAUGAAGGUCACAUAGAAAAAGAUAGACCGGUUGCAUAUAGACUGUUGAAUAAUACCAAAACGUAGUAUUUAGUACCAUUUUAUUAAUAAGACUAUUCUUUGUAAAUUGGUUGUGUUUAUUUUGUUUUUUAUUGCUGAUUUAUUUGUUUUUUGUGUUAAUUAAGUAUUAUUUUGAGUAUGACUAGUCUAACUGAAAAUGAGUCAAUAUAAUAUUUUUUUAAAAAGUAUGACUUAUUUCUUGAACCUGCAUUCUUAAAUGUAAAAAAUAAAAUAAUAAAACUCAAA